CUGAUUCUUGACAAACUGGCAUCUACAGUGCAACAUCAGCAACUCUGAAGGAUUCUGCUUGAAGUUACUCAAGAAAAAAAUCUGGAAUGUGCACCACCAGAUAAAGUCUAUUGGAAAAAGAGAGUAUUGUCUCGCAGUCAGCAGGCCACUAGCUUAUUAAUGUCCAGUCACCUUGCUAAAAUGAAGACGCUGCAGUCUACAUUUCUCUUGUUAUUAUUUGUGCCUCUGGUAAUGCCAGCACCACCAGCUCAAAAGGACUCACGAGUUAUCUAUGAUUAUGGAACAGAUAAUUUUGAAGAAAACUUGUUUAGCCACGAUGAUGAGGAUAAAUACCUGGAUGGAAAAAAUAUUAAGGAAAAAGAAAGUAUGAUAAUACCUCAUGAGAAAAGUCUUCAACUACAAAAAGAUGAAAGUAGUACACCAUUACCACCCAAGAAAGAAAAUGAUGAAAUGCCCACGUGCCUGCUGUGUGUUUGUUUAAGUGGCUCUGUAUACUGUGAAGAGAUUGAUAUUGAUAGUGUGCCCCCCUUGCCAAAGGAAUCAGCCUAUCUUUAUGCACGAUUCAACAAAAUUAAAAAGCUGACUGCCAAAGAUUUUGCAGACAUACCUAACUUAAGAAGAAUUGAUUUUACGGGAAAUUUGAUUGAAGAUAUAGAAGAGAGCACUUUUUCACAACUGUCUUUGUUAGAAGAACUGACGCUUGCUGAAAAUCAGCUCUUGAAACUUCCAACUCUUCCCCCUAAGCUUAUUUUAUUCAAUGCAAAACACAACAAAAUAAAGAGUAGAGGAAUCAAAGGAAAUACAUUCAAAAAAUUGAAUAACCUCUCCUUUCUCUAUUUGGACCACAAUGAAUUGGAAUCUGUGCCUCUUAAUUUACCAGAAAGCCUACGUAUAAUCCAUCUUCAGUUUAACAACAUAACUUCAAUUACAGAUGAUACAUUCUGCAAGGCUAAUGAUACCCGUUAUAUCCGGGACCGGGUUGAAGAGAUACGCUUGGAGGGCAACCCCAUCAUCCUUGGAAAGCAUCCAAACAGUUUUAUCUGCUUAAAAAGAUUGCCUGUAGGGUCCUACUUUUAACCACUUUCAAUGCAGUAUAUAAACUGAAAUAUAUACAUACUUAUAAUCUGUACAACAAUGUCUAAAGGAGCACAAAUAUUGCUUCAUUAACUUUGUAUUCCAUUAUGAAGCAAUUUAUGGUUUAAGCAAGGAUGUUAAAAAAUCUGACAUGACUGAAUCGAUAAGUUCCAAACAAAAUAAUGUGAAAAUACUUAAAUAGCAUUAUAAAACCCUGGUAGUUUAUACUGGAAUGUCAUGUUAGGUAUGUUUUAUAUAAAUAUUCAAAUUUAAGAAGCAUUAUUUCCAUUACUAAUAAAGUGAGAGGAUAAGUCCAAGAAA